AACACGACCCACUCUUCUCCUCUCAAUCUUCAUCCUCAAUUUUUAUUUAAACAAAAAAAAAAAACUCAUUCUUGUUCAUUAUUUUGCUGAAAUCAAAAGAAUCGUAUAUUUGAUUGUUCAAAUUCAGUUAAUGGAAGCUAGAAGGCUCGCGAUCCUCUGUUCCCAUCUCAACCCAGCUGCUCCGUACCCGACCCGGGACUCGAUUCUCAGGGCUUCCGAUUGUAGCUCCGGUUCGGCCGCGGAAGAGAAGGUGGAAUCAUCCAAUCUCCAAAACGACUGCGUUUUCUGCAAGAUUAUCCGUGGCGAGUCCCCAUGUCUAAAGUUGUACGAGGAUGAUAUGUGCUUGUGUAUUUUGGAUACGUCUCCACUUAGCCUCGGGCACUCUCUUAUCAUUCCAAAGUUACAUUAUCCAACCUUAGAGGAAACUCCUCCCUCAGUAGUUUCUGCCAUGUGUUCCAAAGUGCCUCUUAUCAGUAAUGCCAUCCUGAAAUCUACCGGCAGUGAUUCGUUUAACUUAGUGGUUAACAAUGGCGCUGCAGCUGGACAAGUAAUAUUUCACACACACAUUCACAUAAUCCCGCGUAAGGAACGCGACUGCUUAUGGACUUCCGAGAGCUUGCGGAGAUACACACUGAAACUGGACAAGGAAGCAUCUCAACUGGCGUCACGUGUUCGACAACAGUUGUGCAGUCUUCCUGAAGAACAGCUUGUUCAGCCUUCUUAAGUCCCUUUUUCAAGAGACUCAUUCAAGUUGUAAACUUUAGAUACACAUUGCGAGACUGUUGUCAAAAAAAAAAAAGAUACAGUGUGUGAAACCCAAAAGUCUUUUUCUGUAUAGUUCAUAUCUAGUCUCAUUUCCAUUUAUAUAUAUAUAUAUUCUU